ACUGUACGCACGCGCAUCAGUAAAUCCACGUGGAACAAUUCCAAAAUGGCGGCGCGGUUGAUUUUUGCGCGAAAUUGUUCAAUACAGCGCGGGAUUGUGCAAGUUUUAAACAGACAGGGCCAGUUUGCGCGUCAGUUAAGUUCCAUUUCUGUAACUGCUUCCCAUGGAACACUUGAUCGUAGGCGGUAUGCGGCCAGGAAGUUAUUGUCACAAUCAUCAAAUUUUAGAACAUGUGCAGCUUUGCAAGGCAAGAUAAUUCCAUUCAACUUAUCGGAUAUCGGUGAAGGCAUUGCAGAAGUUACAAUAAAAGAGUGGUAUGCCCGCCCAGGGGAUAAAGUGAGCCAGUUUGAAAGUAUUUGUGAAGUCCAAAGUGAUAAGGCAUCUGUCACCAUUACAAGUAGAUUUGAUGGAGUCAUUAAAAAACUGUACUAUGAAGUUGAUGACAUUGCUAAAGUUGGCCAACCGUUGGUGGAUAUUGAGUUGUCAGAAGAGAGUCCCUCUGAUAACACUGACAUCAGUCCAGCGGAAGAUGUCAUGGCCGCCCACCAAGAGCCCAAACCCACGUCAGCGAUAGACCAGCCCCUCCCCCCACCCCCGUCAUCCCCUUCUACUGGUCCCACACGAGCCCUCCCCGUCACAGCACCUGCAUCAAGUGUUAACAAGGGUGGCAAGGUGCUUACUACCCCUGCGGUUCGCAAGAUUGCUAUGGAAAACAAGAUUGAUUUGAGUGAAGUUCCUGGGACUGGGAAAGAUGGCAGAGUAUUGAAGGAAGAUGUCAUGCUGUUUAUUCAUAACAGGAGAGCACCACCACCAGAAAUCCUACCCCCUGCAGCACCAUCCCCACAGCCAGCGCCAGCAAUAUCACCGUCUGCACCAGCAAUAUCACCGCCUGCACCAGUAUUUAUCCCACAUAUGGCUUUAGAAGACAGGGUAGAGAAUAUCAAAGGCAUCAGGAAAGCCAUGGCCAAAACAAUGACAGCAGCAUUGAAUAUCCCUCAUUUUGGAUAUUGUGACGAGAUUUUGCUCAAUGAACUUGUUGAUUUCAAGAAACAUAUCAACCCAAUGCUUGAGCAGAGAGGUGUAAAGUUGUCUUUUAUGCCUCUGUUUAUCAAGGCAGCUUCCAUGGCAUUGCAACAGUUCCCCAUUCUCAACAGCUCCGUGGAUCCAGAAUGCACAAAAAUUACAUUCAAGGCUGCACACAAUAUUGGCCUCGCCAUGGACACGCCCCAGGGACUAGUAGUACCAAAUGUAAAAAAUGUCCAGUUGAAGUCUGUCUUUGAAAUUGCUGUAGAGCUGAAAAGACUUCAUCAACUUGGCUUGAAAGGUCAACUAGGAACAGAAGAUAUGACUGGUGGAACAUUUUCACUUUCAAAUAUUGGAUCGAUUGGUGGCACCUACGCUAAGCCAGUUGUCCUACCUCCAGAAGUUGCCAUCGGUGCUCUUGGCAAAAUACAGGUUUUACCCCGUUUUAACUCAAAUGGAGAUGUUUACAAAGCACACGUGAUGAAUGUCAGUUGGUCCGCAGAUCACAGAAUCAUUGAAGGAGCUGUCAUGUGCCGAUUCUCUAACCUUUGGAAAUCAUACUUAGAAAACCCAGCAUCUAUGAUGAUUGACAUGAGAUGAGAACGCUACGCAAUGGCUUUAAAAUGGUGACCCGAAAGAUGUGUCUGGGAUUUAUAAAGCUUUAUUAAUGUAUUAAUGUUACAGCAAAGGAUACUAGGGUAAUGUAUAUAAUAUUUGUCCAAAUUUCUUAGAACAUUUCUGACUUUGAAUAGGUUUCUCCUUGGAAAAAUACUUAAAAUUGACCACUGAUAUGAAAUAGUUGUUGACCAUGGAUAAAAGAGUAACUACAAUUUUUUUCGAUGUCAUUCUUGCCUAUAAAAUAUACCAGCAGUUUUGUGGUGUUUUAAUUAGAAUAGUUAAAGUAUUUUGUGAGGAGAAAAAAAAAUAAAGCAAGGACACUAUUUAAAA